AUGGCGACCAAAUUCAAGCGGACCAUCAUGCUGACCGUGUUCGCCAUCAUAUCCACGAUAGCCUUGUUCAAGGCUGGCAUCUUUCGCACCACGCGCUACCUCUACCAGACGAUACCAAAGCCCAUCUCCUCGCUGACCGGAUGCCACCAGCAUGGCGCCAACUUGUUUUGUCUUACCCCUGACGGUGACGAGGUGGAAGUAUUGCUUCCAGGGAAUGCACCGGGUUCCAAGAGUGGCCAUUCUGACUCUGGUUCAGAACCCCAGAGCGGCAUUGCCACUUCCAUGCUGGUGUUGAGCACUGCGUCGAAGUUGGCGAGGGGAGGGAGGAUCAGCAGACCGCGACUGCGAACGAGUGCACCGGGAAUUCAACGUCCCGUUGCGCGUGAUAUUUCUGUUCAUCAUCUUUGUCACCAGCGCGAUAGGUGUUUUUGGGCCAAUUUUCCUUUCAUUAUAUCUGCCGCCACGGUUCAAUAUCAUUCUAGGCCUGCUUAA